AUGUCACAACCACGAGAAUUAAUGUGUUCAAUCUGUGAAAAAACUUCAAGAGUACGACGCAAUAAAUUCAAGUUUAUUACAACAGCAGCAGUUGAACAUAAAAUGUUAUCUGCUUAUCGAUCUGUACAUGGUCAUGAUCCACCUGUUCCAUUGAUUGGUACUCCUGUUCACAAAAAAUGUUAUCACAAUUUAUACGAACGAUAUCAUUAUAAGAAAAGCAAGAAGUCAAUAAUUACUUCCAAUGAACCAUCAUCAAUGCAACUACCUGAUAAUUCACAAUAUCUUCUUCAUUCAAACAACGUGCCAAUGUUCAUUUCAACUGCUCUCUCUACUGAUAAUAAUGAUUCAUCGAUUAAAGCAAAUAAGAACAAAUUAUCUUUAUCUUUAAAUGAUAAAAAUUUGAAAUUAAACAAAGAACUUAUUGUACCUCUUGAAAAAAUUAACCUUCAAACUUUGACUAAUGUUAAUACCGAUCAGGUUCAAUCAAUUCAGUUUAAUGCAGCUACAACUUGUUCCUUGCCCAUGUUGCAACGUGAACGAAACAUAUUAGUAGGUGCCAAAGGUUUUUUAGAUUCUAGUACUUCAUUCAACAUUAAUACUGCUAAUAGUCUUCAGCAACCUGAUUUAUUACCAGUUACCAAAAAUACUAAUAAUGAAAUUGAAAUUACUGUUGCUACAUUGCUUUCAAUGAUGAUUGAAAUGGUUGUCGAAAAGAUAGAUAUUAGAUCGAAGUAUCCAUUGAUUUUUUCAAAAUUGGUCAAUGAUGAAUGUUUUUCAUUAGCACAUUUGACACAAUCACAAAUUGAAGUUAUACCAAAUACUGAAACCAUAAUUUUACCAACAAAAGAACAAACUAAUAAAUUGCUUAAUCUUGAUAUGCCACUUUUGAUCGAUAGUAGUUCUACAUCCAGCACCGUCCUUCAAGCAUCAAAGUCUCCAACUGAUAAUGUACAUGAAGAGGCAUCAGUUAUUGAAUACGAAUCAGAUCAAUUUAUGAAUACAAGUAUUGGUAAUCGAGGUCAAUGUGAUCUAAAUUGUUUUAAUGAUUUGCCAACCUUGACUUCAUUAUUAGAAGAAAAUCAAAAAAUUGGUUUUUAUGAUAUUGAUGAUGGCGCGAGUAUUAGUAGUGAAGAUUCAUCCAUAUUGACAUCUGCUCGAUAUGCAUCUUCACCUAUAGCUUUAGGUGAUAAUGAACGUUUAAAUAGUUCAUCUGAUGAAAUAAAUACUUUUCCAGCGAAAUUAACAAGUUCAAGAAAGUUAAGUUCACGAUGUGUUUCAUACAAGCGAAAAAUUGGUAUGUCUAUUCGUCGAAAAGGACCAAGCAUUUCUCGUCACAGUCAAAUGAAUAUUGAAAAUCAUUAUCCUGAUACAGAACGUUUUGAAAGUCUAUUUCAAUCACCAAUAGCUGAGCUUAGCGCUUGGCUAUCAGAACAAGUACGAGACAAACUCAUUUCACUUAACAUUGUCAAAGAAAAAUUUAAAAAAAUUAUUGAUGCUCACCAUCCAAAAAAAUUUGAUAACAUUAAGUUAAGGAAUGACUGGCUCCAGCGACAACUGCAACAACAUUCACCAGACUACUUUUGGUUUGGUACUAUUGCCAAAUGUCAUGGAACAUAUGUUGGUUUGAAUAAUAUCGAUUAUCAUUUAAAAAAGCUUUUGUCAUCAUCACUUACGUCCACCUUGUCACAAUCAAGUCCCUCCCCUACUGUUGAUUACGACGAUGAUAUAAAUAACCAAAAGAAAAAUUUAUGCCAAACGUUAUUCACAACAAUAACUACAUUACGAGAACAUAUUCGUGAUAAUGUUCAUCUAGUUCGAAUCUUCAAUGAAGAACCUGAAAAAAUGAUCCAUUUAACAGCUAGUUCAUUUAAUAACCUUGUUCCAAUGCUGCUUCGGAAUUUCAUUGGCAUAUUAACAGCAAGUGAUCGAGGUUUUUUGAAAAUCAAGAGAGAAUAUAUGUAUUUCGAUAUGUUUGAUAUUGAUUUAUUUCGUAAUAGUCAUGAAUGGCUAAAAAAUAUUUCAAUUUGUUUUGAUAUUAUCAAUGUUCAAAAUGAUCGAAUUGUGACACCCAAGCAUAUUUUAUUAGCCAAUGAAGUCUACAGACACGCUCAUUCGUAUGAAUUAUUGACAGUAUUGAAUAGAUAUGGUGUUGUAUGUUCGCAUCAGAAUCUCUCUCGUCUUUAUCAUUCUAUUGGAAAGAAUGAUGAUACAUCCGCAUCUGCAAUACCUACAAAUGUACGUAACAAUUGUUUUAUGAUCGAAGUACAUGAUAAUUUCGAUAUGAAUAAAGAAACGUUAAGAGGUGAAGGAAGUUUACAUGUUGUUAAUCGAGUUAUUUUGCAAACUAGUGAAAAUGAUGGCAAACUUACCCAUUUUUCUUCUCCAAUGUCUUCAAAUACUGCACGUUCGUCAUCACAACUAUCUUCAAACAAUGUAAAUGUACAAAAAAAUAUAUUGUCGUCUUCAUCUUCUGCUAAUUCAGCUUUAAUUUUGUCUACUUUAACGAAUGCAAGUGAUAUAUCAGCUACAACAACAAAUCAUUUAAGCAAACCGACUAGUCUUUACAAGGAGUUUCAAUCCUCAAAUCAUGGUGUAUCUUUAUUUUGCUUUGAUCUAGUCAAAAGUUGGUUCAGUACAAAUUAUUUAAAUCCUUCUUUAUUAGUACCACGACAUUGUACACCUAUUCCAUUAAUAUCAGGUUUUUUUGCCUCUUAUUUGUCAUCAUCUUUACGUCCAAUACAUCAUGUAACAUUUCUUCCACCUAUGCAUGAUGAUCCAAAUAAAACUUCGACCACAUACGCAUGCAUGGAAUCAACAAAACAACGGUUAUUAGAUAGUGGCAUACAAGAAGUAGCGGUAAUUGUUGUUGAUGAAAAGAUUUACAGAAAUUGUAUUGAAGUAAAAGAAAAUAAUAAAUUACUUUUUAAUCGAGUAUUACCUUAUCCAGGUGAAUUUCAUUUAAUGAAAAACUAUAUGAUUGUCGUCUGGGGCAUAUUAGAAGGAUCUGGCAUUGAUACAGCAUUAGGUGAAUUAUACAAAGGAGCCAGCCUUCGAUCAAUUAUGAAUUGCUCUCAUUUUAAUAAAUCUUUACGUGCUAUGAAAUUGCUGCAUUCCGCUUUAGCCGCAUUAAUCAUUCAUGAGUUUCUUUCUAUUGUUCCACGUGAAAUCUUCGAUGAUAUUGAAGUUAUUAUGCAAUCCAUACCACUUGAUGUUUCUACUAAUACAUGUAAAAGUGCAUGGUUUGAAAAAGUUCAGCAAGUUGUGCAACAGCAUCAACUCAGUGUAAUGUUCAAUGAAUGGGUUUGUCCAUUAAUUGACAUGUACAUUGCUAUCCGAUCAGCUGAUUUCGAUAGUCGCAAUGCAGCAUUAAGUCGAAUGGCACCAUUGUUUUUCUCAACAAACCAUUUGAACUAUGCUCGAUUAUGUGCGCGUCACCUUACCGAUCUUCGUUCAUGUUCCGAUGAAUUAUUCAAUGUGCUUGCCAAGGCGUUUGCAGUUCAACGAACAUCACGUCCUUUUUCUUCAAUACCGAUGGACCAGACAAUUGAAGUAACAAUCAAUAAAGCCGGUAAAGGUCAUGCAGGAAUUAGUGGUCGAUAUAAUAAAAAUAUGAUUGAUAUCUGGUGUAGAUCCUUUUCUUAUCGUUCAUUAUUAUCUACUCUUACAUUUGAAUUUGCUGAAUAUGAAACUGAUAACGACAAUAUAGAUGCUCAUAUUGAAUGUAGUCCUUCAAGACUUGAAUCAGAUCAGCAUGAUUUUGCUACAUUACUUAAUUUCUUCUACAAAGAACGUUUAUUUACAUGUGAAGAUGAAACUGUUACACAACUCUUUUUUGGACAACAAUUUCAAACAGAAAUUAUUGAUGAUAUUUUGGAUUAUGUUCGGCGUGGAAAAGUAGCUCUUGAAGAAUUUAUAAAGGAACGUUUUGUUUUGUGUUCAAUUCCAUCUCAAACUAGUAUGAACAAGAUGAAAUUACUGAAAUUACGUGACAAUGAUAGAUAUGAUCCACAAUCUGGCCUUGUUAAACGUACACCAAAGAAAGUAAUCGACAAUAUUAAAGAAAUAGACGAAAUUAUAAUAAAAGCAAUUAUUCUUAGUCAAUAUCGGCCAAAAAUAAAUUUAAUUGAAUUUUUUGGACAUGAAUUUUCAUCUCGACCAAUUUCACUAUGCGAUCGAAACAACAAUGACUUAAUGAACAACCAAAACAAAUCCCAAGUUCUUACAUUUUUCAAAAAAAAAUUUCCAGAAAGCUUUAGUUCAAUUAAACCAAUUGAUAUUUCAUCAAUGCCUAUUAAUGAAUGUGCUUUACUUAUUGACGGUGGUGCUCUCUUGCAAACACGUCCUCCAUCCAAUUAUACAGUGCUAGAUUAUGCAAUUUUUCUACUGGAAAAAAAAAUUAUUAUAGAAUUUAAUUAUUUUGAUCGAAUUGACAUUGUUUUUGAUUCUAAUCGAAGUUAUUCGAUAAAAUCUUUCAUUCCGAGACAUAAAAUGAUUAAUGAACAAAAAUGUGUUUAUUAUAAGCUGUUACCAGAACAUAAAAUACCUACCGGUCAACAAUUUGAUCAUAUUUUACGAAGUGGUAAUCGUGCUGUUUUAGCAGCUGCUGUUGUCCAAUGUUGGCAGUUGCCAUCAGUACUCAAAUUAUUACCUAUACACAAGAAACUCGUUGUUGGUGGUCCAAAUGCAACUGCUUUCUAUCUUUCACAUGAUUUACCACCUGAAGAAGCACUUGAUUUGGAAAGUAAUCAUGACGAAGCCGAUACUCGUCUCAUUCUUCAUUUACAAGAUGCUGCAUUGACCAAUUAUAAAACAGUUAUUGUACGAUCUGCAGAUACUGAUGUUGUUUUUCUCAUGAUAUCAUAUGCCAAUACUAUCAAUUUAACAAAUCUUGUCGUUGAUGCAACUGUUCGUAGUGGUCAAGAGAAAUAUAUCAAUUGUACGAUGAUCCAUAAUGAUUUAAUCAACAAAUACAAAAUUUUUCCAGAACUUCUACUCGUUCUACAUGCGCUUACUGGAUGUGAUACCACUUCUUUUUUCCGAAAUAUAUCAAAAACAAAAUUUUUUGAAAAUUUUUUUGCUGAUCCUCGUCUAUACGAUGACCUUGAAAAACUUUCUGUUUUUCCCAUGGUUCAAGAAGAUAUUAAAGUUGUCGAAAGAUUGAUCUUUAAUUGUAUUCAUCAUGCGGAACGGCGAUCAAUAAUAAUGAAUAAUUCAAAUCUCAUUUCGUAUAAUCUAUCAAAUAUUAACUCAUCGAUUGAUACAUCUUUUCUUUCAAUUGAUAAUAUACGAGCAGCUAUGGCUAUUAGUGCACUUCGAAAAGGCAACAAAUCCAUCGUCCUCACCCUUCCACCAUCAUCCGAUGCAUUGUUUCAUCACUGUCGUAGAGCAAGUAGACAAUAUCAUAUAUGGAGAAAUGCACAUAUAGCGAAUAUUCCUUAUCCUGAACUAUUUGGUUUUGAAAAUAUCAAUAAUGAAAUUAAAAUUAAAUGGACAACAAAAAACCCUUUACCUGAAGAUAAUUUUCUUUUCCAUUCGUGCAAAUGUAAAGGUAGUUGUGAGAAGAUUUGCAAAUGUGGAAAAUAUUCACAACCAUGCACUUUAUACUGUUCCUGUGAUGCAACAAAGUGUUGUAAUCGAUCAUCAAUUUCUCAACAUCUAUCAAUUGGUCAUGCUCAAUCUUCAUCAAUUGUAUCUAUGCAUAUGGAUAAUAUGUUACAUGAUCAUAACUAUUUACAUAAAACCAAUGAAAGCAUCGAUUAUGAUCAAUCAUCUUUUGAUUCUGGUGAAGAUAAUUAUGCUGAUAGUUCAGAUUCUGAAGAGGAUAUAAUUCUUCCACCUGACAAUCAAUCUUCAACUAGCUCAUGCAAUAAAAUUGAUUUAAAACGUAAAGAUUCUUUUAUAUCUGAAUCAAUGUCAUUAUCGCUGAAAAAGACGAAAUCAUAUGAUCAUGUUCUUUCAUUCGAUUGA